UUGAUUUUGCCUCCAAACAUUGGUCUUCAGACAAGAGCCCCAGAGUGCGGGACACCAAAGCCACCUACAGUUGAACACCACAGCCCGACAACAUAUCCUAAACCUUAGCCAUGAACACAGUAAGUAUAGAAAUCCUCGGCUCUUUGAAAUAUUAAGAAAGACGGACUGAGAAUGACGCACCAGGUAAAAUCAUUUUGGAUUGGCUGGGGAUCUCUUAUCGUUGCUGGCGGUGGGGCCUACUACUUCGCCAAACAACAAAUCAACGCGGAUCGACGAGAGAAGCACUUGAAACGCCAACAGUUACAGCAACAGCAAUAUAACAUGCUCUAUCCUGAGAGCGAUCCUGCUGGUCGUCCAUCGGCCGAAAGCUCUAGCGACCCCGCUGCGACAAGACAUACGCCACAGACAGAGGUCAAUGAGAAGAGCAAAUACGAGGCGUCAGCGGUGUAUAAGAGGCCGGAUGGUGAUAGGUUUAGUUGA